UUGAACAGCUAGCUAGCUAGCAGUGCCAAAAACGCAGGGUUAGCCAUUUUCUGCGGCAUCAAAGCUGGCUUUUAAAUGGUGUCUUAAGGGUGGAAAAUGUAUCAUGAGAAGUAGUCACGACUUAGUGAUUGUUACGCGUUCAAAUAUAUAAACUAUUCCUUAAAAAAAUAAAUAAAUAAAUAAAUAAAUAUUUUCUAGACUGAAUUACAAAAGAAACGUUUACCCCAUGUGACCCUUUUGCAUUUUCUCAUGCCCUGCUUCUUUCCUACACUUUGAGCUAUAUACCUUUUUCUCUCUUCCUAUAUAUAAAUACAUACAACCAUAAUUAUUCCUUCCUCGUCACCAAUUCCAUAAACUCUCUCCAAAAGCUAGCUUUCUUUUUCUCAACCAAGAGUUGGUGAUGAUCAUCAACUUUUUUCGUUUGUGUCACUAAAUUAACCUAUUGGUUUUGUGCUUAUUUUUUGUGUAGUUGGCUUGGUUUGAAAUUAUUCUCUACAUCAACUUUCUCAAGCUUCAAAAACAGGAUGGGUUUGGUACGAAAUCCGAAUUUGCGUGGUGGGGAUUACUUGGAAGGAAUGCUUAAUGACUAUGUAGCUGGAGGGAAAGCCAAAUUGAAGGUUAAUAAAAGUGCUCCGUCUAGGCUUGUCAUGGCUCUUACUUGUCUCCAAUUUGCUUUCGCAGUUUACGCAACGUUCCUUCUCUACUACAUGGGUCCGGCGAUAGAUUUACGUACCAAACCAGACUUCUCAUGGGCUACAAAAAUAGCUCAGCAAUGGAAGAAUCACUUCAUCAUACCACCACAUGUUCUUAGUCAUUACCAAGAAUCUGCCAACUCUCUUGUUCAGGCUGAAAAUUUCCCAAUCACACCGUCCCAAGUUUGCGAACACGAAAACAUCGAUUUCGUGCAGAAGAAAUCCAAUGAUGCACAGAUGAUCAAGUUAAAAACAGAACUUUACAAAGAAGUAUUGGAUUUUCAAUCCAAAUCUUUUGGUACAGAGACUCUGCCUCAGCUUAUGGCAAUGAAAUCCAAAUGGGAUUUGAAAAAUCCGACCAAACCGAAAGUCACCGUGAUCCUAAACCAUUUCAAAAGGAAAACUCUCUGUGCUCAGCUUGAUUCAUUGCUUCAUCAAACACUUCCAUUCCACCAUGUUUGGGUGCUCUCUUUUGGCAGCCCAAAUGAGCGCUCUCUGAAAAGAAUUGUAGAUAGCUACAAUGAUUCUAGAAUCAGUUUUGUAAGUUCAAGCUAUGAUUUCAAAUACUAUGGAAGGUUCCAAAUGGCUUUGCAAACCGAAGCCGAUCUUGUAUACAUACUCGAUGAUGAUAUGAUUCCAGGGAAGAAAAUGCUUCAGAUUUUGUCACAUGUAGCAGGAACAGAGAAGUAUGGCAAUGCAGUGUUGGGAAGUAUUGGUAGGAUUUUGCCAUUUAGGCAAAAGGACUUUACUUUCCCAAGCUAUAGAAAGUUGAGGUCCAAAGAAGCUGGUCUUUACUUGCCUGAUCCUGCUUAUGAUAUCACAGUUGAUAAAAUUGUGCAGGUUGAUUUUCUUUCAAGCUCUUGGUUCUUGUCUGCUGAGCUUGUUAAGACUCUUUUCAUUGAGACUCCUUUUACUUUUGCCACUGGUGAAGAUCUGCACCUUAGCUAUCAGCUACAGAAGUACAGAAAUGCUGGUUCAUUUGUUCUACCAGUUGAUCCAAUUGACAAAGAAACUUGGGGUGACAGUGAACAUAGGCUCGCUUAUGUGUCCGAAACCACUGUGAUUUUCAAAGACAUUGUUCAAGUCAGGGAUGAUCAAUGGUGGAAAGCACUUUCAACUGGUUACAUAACUCAAUGGGCUGCAAUGCAUCCUCAAAAAAUUGAUGCCCUUUUCUAUGCCCACUCUGUUGAUGAAGUUAAAGCACUUGCACCUCUUCUUGAAAAAUUCAGGUCCACAGUUGGGAAAAAGGCCUACAUUACAGUCCCCGGAGGCAAUUUUUGCCCCUGUGAAGAUGCUGCAACUGCUCUCAAAUGGCCUAAGUUGGUUUGCAGGGAAAGAAGGUUUAAGAUAUUUGAUCUAGCUAUUCGAGCUCUAUCGGGAAUUUCAAACUCUGAAGUUCCAGUUGUUCAAGCGGUUUAUGCUAGCAUGAAGGGCUUGAUCAAAAUUCAUAACCCAAGUUUGGUGAUCACCGUGUCUGACAUUGAUAGUAAUGUGAAGAAAGCUUUGAAAAUGGCAAUAGAGGCUAACAGCAGUGGUACUACAUUGGUUCUUUUACCUAGGCCUUCUAUUUCUAAGGUUCUUUGGAUGGCUGAUCUUAGAGCAACGGCAUUGCCAAAUUGGAACAGAAUGAGGAUUUCUAUCAACAUAAUCACUCAAAACCGCGCUCAAUCGCUAACCAGGCUGCUUAAGUCUCUUACCAAUGCCUACUAUCUUGGAGAUGAAAUUCCCAUUAGCUUUAACGUGGAUAGCAAAGUUGAUGAGGCAACUAUUAGACUACUAAACUCAUUUGAGUGGCCUCAUGGACCCAAAACUCUGAGGAGGAGAAUCAUUCAAGGUGGACUAAUUCGAGCUGUCAGCGAGAGUUGGUAUCCAUCUUCUGAUGACGAUUAUGGACUCCUACUUGAAGAUGAUAUCGAAGUCUCUCCGUAUUACUAUCUAUGGAUCAAAUAUGCUCUUUUGGCCUAUCAUUAUGACCCUCAAAUUUCUCUACCGGAACUCUCAUCCAUCUCACUUUACACACCAAGGCUAGUUGAAGUAGUGAAAGAGAGGCCUAAAUGGAAUGCCACUGAAUUCUUCAAAAAAAUCCAUCCAAACACACCUUAUCUCCAUCAAUUACCCUGCAGUUGGGGAGCUGUUUUCUUCCCCAAGCAAUGGAGAGAAUUCUAUGUCUAUAUGAACAUGAGGUUCACCGAAGAUGCAAAGGCCAACCCGGUUCAAAUUCCCAAAUCCAGAACAAAUGGAUGGCAAGCCUCUUGGAAAAAGUUCUUGAUUGACAUGAUGUAUCUCAGAGGCUAUGUAAGUCUGUAUCCAAACUUCCCCAACCAGGCAAGCUUUUCGACGAAUCAUAUGGAACCAGGGGCUCAUAUCAGCGCAAAGGACAAUGUUGUGAGGCAUGACAAGUCGGAUUUCGAAGUUCCAUUGGUGAAAGAAGACUUCAGGAAUUUCUUGCCUGGGGGGAAAUUGCCUCCUGCUUCAAGGCUUCCAUCUUUGAACCUCUUCAACCAGCCAGUUUCUCUCAAAGGACUUAAAUCUGCCGGAGCCAAGUUGGGUCAGGAUGUUCUUGAAUGCAACAAUGUCACUGAGAUUGUAACUGUUGAUCAUGAAACAGGUCUUCCAAAGAGCUGUGCAAGAUUCUGAUAAAUGAUGACAAAAAAAAAAAAAAUGAUGUUGUUCUUGUUAUUCAUUAUUCUUUUCUUCUUUAGAAAAAUAAUUUGUUUAAAAAUGUAAUUCUUGAAUUUGUGUGGAAGAUGGGGUUGGUGCUGAAUUUAAUCAUUGGAUUGAGAGUGGAGGGAAUAGUGGGAAAUUUAUGGAAUGGAAUGGUGGUCCAAAAUAAUGUGAAUGAGAGGAUACCAAAUGAUUGAGGAAUUGUGAUUAUGUUAUUUAAUUGUUUAAUGCAUAUUGUAGCCAGAAGUGGCUCUCAUUUUUUUUUUUUAAAGGAA